AUCCAGUAGCACAACUGUGCUGUACGCAUUACUGCGGCGCAGAUCCAUACCCGUCUCCAUCGGGAGCAGCAGCAGCAGCAGCAGCAUACUCUCACAUCGUUCGCGCGAGCAGUAAUCCAUCGACAUUCUGGUAUAGCACUUGCUUCAACCACCCAUUAUGCCUCAAGGCGCUGGUGGCUAUACGCCCCUCGACGCGCCUGGCACAGGCACAAAUGCCGCUCCUUCACAGCCCAAAAAAGUCGCCUACUUUUACGACAGUGAUGUGGGCAAUUACGCCUACAACGCCGGCCAUCCGAUGAAGCCGCAUCGCAUUCGAAUGGCCCACUCCCUGAUUAUGAACUACGGCUUGUAUAAGAAGCUGGAGAUAUAUCGUGCCAAACCCGCGAGCAAGUACGAGAUGACACAAUUCCAUACCGACGAGUAUGUCGACUUCCUGCAGCGCGUGACGCCUGACAACAUGGAUAACUUUAUGAAAGAGCAAGGCCGUUACAACGUGGGAGAUGAUUGUCCAGUGUUCGACGGGCUAUUCGAAUUCUGUGGCAUCAGCGCCGGAGGGAGUAUGGAGGGUGCUGCUCGAUUGAAUCGAGGCAAGUGCGAUGUGGCUGUAAAUUGGGCGGGAGGUCUGCACCAUGCGAAGAAGAGCGAGGCGUCUGGUUUCUGCUACGUGAACGACAUUGUCCUCGGCAUCCUUGAACUGCUUCGCUUCCACGAACGCGUCCUCUACAUCGAUAUCGACGUGCAUCAUGGAGAUGGUGUCGAAGAGGCUUUUUACUCCACCGACCGUGUCAUGACCGUCUCUUUUCACAAAUAUGGCGAGUACUUCCCUGGUACCGGCGAGUUGAGAGAUAUCGGCGUGGGACAGGGGAAGCACUACUCUGUCAACUUCCCUCUCCGAGACGGCAUUGACGAUGCGAGCUACAAGGGAAUCUUUGAACCUACCAUCGGCUGGGUUAUGGAAUACUACAAGCCCACUGCCGUGGUCCUUCAAUGCGGCGGAGACUCUCUUUCGGGCGACAGACUGGGCUGCUUCAACCUUAGUAUGCGAGGGCAUGCCAACUGUGUCAACUUUGUCAAGAGCUUCAAUUUGCCUACUCUCGUGCUUGGUGGCGGAGGUUACACCAUGCGCAACGUCGCGCGUACGUGGGCAUACGAGACCGGCCAGUUGGUGGGUGUUGAGAUGGGUCCCGAUCUGCCCUUCACCGAUUACUACGAAUACUAUUCCCCCGACUUUGAGCUGGAUGUGAAGCCCAGCAAUAUGGACAACGCAAACUCCCCCGAAUAUCUCGAGAAGAUCAAAACGCAAGUCCUUGAGAACCUGAAGCGCACGACACAACACGCACCAAGUGUGCAGAUGCACGACGUCCCUCGCGAGCCACUUGGCAUGCAUAACUCUGGUCCCGAUGGUGAAGGCGAGACAUUUGAUGAGCGGGAGGCGAGAGAAGACGACGAGGAAGCUGAUGUGGAAGAGAACAAGGACCGUAGAUGGACCCAGCGUGCAUAUGACAAGCACACUACGCACGAUCUCGACGAUGAGGACUCCGAGGACGAAGGGUUGAAUUACGAAAAUGGUCUGAGAAAACCGCCGAAUGCCAGGAGAAUCGGAAUCAUGGAUGUGCAAAAUGUACAUGCUCCUCAAGACGACAGUGGUGCCAACACACCUGCCGAUGAUGAUUCGCGUAGUAUCAAUGGCGACGCGGACGACGAUACCGAUGGUCUCGACACCAACAUGCAGACAGAUGGCGCUGCCGAAGUUGCCGAAGCGAAUGCCUCCGUUUCGCAAGCCAUUCUGACCGAUAAGGCUCGAUCACCUGGCCCAGGGUCUCUGACUUCGGCGCCACAAGCAAAGGCUGAAGAAGCCUCGAACCAGUCCGAGGUGGGUGCAGAAGAUGAUGGUGACGAGGCGGAUGAUGAGAUGCAAGACGCUCCGGCUCCGGCUCCGGCUCCGGCUCCAGCUCCAGCUCCAGCUCCAGCUGCACAAGUGAACACGCCUCCACGCUCACCUGCUGCAACGGGCGCGCCGCUUGUAGCAGACGAUGUGGGAGACGAGAAGGAGGAUGUGGAAAUGCGAGACGAACCUGCGCCAGAGAAGCAGGCAGAAAAGGAGGAAGCCAAGCAAGAGCGCGAAGCGGAAGACGCCCAGGCUGAAGCCUCGACAGAGAUUGCCAAAGGUUUAGCGCCAGCGGCAUAGUCUGCGCAACGAGAGUCUCCGGCAAACACGAAUGGAUCACGUCACAGUCUUCGCAGAAACAGCGUACAAGUCGGUGAGGAAGAUGUGCCGUCGACACCAACGAGUCCUAUGACCAUGGAUUCGGAGACAGAGUAGUCGAAUGAUGGAAUCUCUCGAGCAGUGGCGACAUGCUCGGUCUGAAAGCGUUGCCGAUCAGACGCAACAGCCUCUCCCUGCAGGAGCCCGGCGAAGUGCGAUGUUGGGGGCAAUGGCGUAAGGCUUGGUUGAAAAGCGAGCAGAAGAGCUCAGAAUGGCAUGACAAUGGACACAAUGGCCAUGCUGCCAGUGAUGGGGAUGCUUAUCGGGAUUAGCGAGGCGUACAUGAGUGAAGGUUGGGAACAUUCAGCAUAGCACUGCGCCAUUCUUUACGGUGGUUGAGAAUACGAUAUCAGCAGGGACAGCUUUGCUGCAUUGGUCAGUGGAACAGCUCCUUUCCGUAAGAAAGAUUCAGACGUGUAUAAUGAUGAGCAAGCAAACCGAG